CGCGGGCGACGACAAAUCUACGGCGGUCGGCAGGGACCGGAGACGCCAGGUCGGCUUACGUAAAUGGGACUACGGCGGCAGCCGGCGAGUCUAUUCCGAUCGCUCACCGGGAAGCUCAACAGAAAAGUUCCUUAGAGCUGCAAUCCUCAACUCUUUAUGAUACCGGGCCCCGUCCACCUGCCACCGUCAUUCCAUCCCCUUCUCAUCUCCUCUCCACUCUUGAUUGAGCCGCGGGCCUUCUCCCUGUAUCAUAAUCACAGCAUUUAGGCACCAUGGUUGCCUCUGCUGUCCGGAUGCGCACCCCCAGCGCCAUGUUCCUCUCCAAAGGCGCCUCCUGCCUGAAGAGGCCGCAGGCCAUGCACAGAUUCAAGGAGACUCUCCAACCUCAAUUGCCUGCCUUCUCCGCCCUUUCCCGAUACUAUGCCUCGAAGUCCUUCCCUCCCCACACUAUCAUCAGCAUGCCCGCUCUGUCGCCGACGAUGUUGGCCGGAAACAUCGGCGCAUGGCAAAAGAAGGCCGGUGACGGUCUGCAGCCCGGUGAUGUCCUGGUGGAAAUCGAGACCGAUAAGGCACAGAUGGACUUCGAGUUCCAGGAGGAGGGUGUUCUCGCCAAGGUCUUGAAGGAAACUGGUGAGAAGGAGGUUCCCGUUGGCUCGCCUAUCGCCGUUCUGGUUGAAGAGGGUGCCGAUGUUUCCCAAUUCGAGUCGUUCACCCUGGAAGAUGCUGGUGGCGACAAGUCCGCCGCGCCCGCUCAGGAGAGCAAGGAAGAGUCCAAGGGCGAUGCCGCCCCCACGCCCUCGACAUCGGAGUCCGAACCCGCUGCUCAGGAGCCCGAGACUUCGGGUGAGAAGCUCCAGCCCAGUCUGGAUCGUGAGCCCGCCAUCAGCCCUGCCGCCAAGGCGUUGGCUCUCGAGAAGGGUGUCUCUAUCAAGGCUCUCAAGGGUACCGGCCGUGGUGGCCAGAUCACCAAGGAGGAUGUCGAGAAGUUCAAGCCCAGCGCUUCCGCCGCUGCCGGUCCCACCUACGAGGACGUUCCUCUCACCUCGAUGCGCAAGACCAUUGCCAACCGCCUCCAGCAGUCCAUGCGCGAGAACCCUCACUACUUCGUCUCGACCACUCUGUCGGUCAGCAAGCUUCUGAAGCUCCGCCAGGCCCUGAACGCCUCCGCGGAUGGCAAGUACAAGCUUUCGGUCAACGACUUCCUCGUCAAGGCCUGCGCCGCCGCUCUCCUGAAGGUCCCCGCUGUCAACUCCAGCUGGCACGAGGAGAACGGUCAGGUCGUCAUCCGUCAGCACAAGACCGCUGACAUCAGCGUUGCCGUGGCCACUCCCAACGGACUGAUCACCCCCGUCGUCAAGAACGUGCAGAACCUUGGUUUGUCCAACAUCUCGAACCAGAUCAAGGACCUCGGCAAGCGUGCUCGUGACAACAAGCUCAAGCCCGAGGAGUACCAGGGCGGUACCUUCACCAUCAGCAACAUGGGCAUGAACGCCGCCGUCGAGCGCUUCACCGCCGUCAUCAACCCCCCUCAGGCCGGUAUCCUGGCCGUCGGUACCACUCGCAAGGUCGCCGUCCCCGUCGAGACCGAGGAGGGUACCUCCGUCGAGUGGGAUGACCAGAUCAUCGUCACUGGUAGCUUCGACCACAAGGUUGUCGACGGUGCUGUCGGAGGUGAAUGGAUCAAGGAGCUGAAGAAGAUCGUCGAGAACCCCUUGGAUCUCCUUUUGUAAGCGCGUUUGCGGCUGAUUUGGAAUUCCAUUCGGGGUUCCGUGGUCUUUUGGAGGAUUUGUUUUAAUAUGUAUUAAAAAUCAGCUUAGUUUUUGCCCCUUUUGGGUCAUCAGAGACCCUUUUUAAAGUACAGUUCAUAAGAUCUCAAUUCUAUCUCCUAUGUUUGUUGAAUGUCUUUGGCGUAGUCCUUCUACUCAUGUUACAUCUGUAGUUCUAUACAGUAAACCCAAAGUUAAGAAUCCACUUCGAAGCUUAAAAGGCCCAGGCGAUCCCGGAGGUGCGUGGCUGCUGGCCGGGGCUUGGCAGUGUCCGCGCAUGAGCCCACUCUAUGACGUGAUGUCAUACUUCCAUUCCCUGGAAGGCCCGCGUAUAAAGGCCGAUGCCACCCAUUCCCAAAACUCUCUUCUC